GUGCACUGCAGCCUCACACUGCACCUUUCGGCGCCUUGUGUGAGGAAAUCGUAAAAAGACUCGCCGGGCGCAUCGUGACAUCAGGCUGGGGUGCAUGGACUCUAUGGCGGUCAGGUACGGGCUUCCGGCUGACGCGAAUGCGAAAUCAAGGCAGUGGCUAUGUGCCUGGAUGACCCCCAAAGCACAAUCAAGGGUACGAAAGAUGGAUGGCAGCUGUUGCCAUGGCAGACUGUCAGAUGAAAACCGCAGGAGGCAAUGCUGUUUUGUUUGUUGCUCAUCCGACGUAAGGUGACGCCCGUCACACACCUGACGCGCCUGACCCCAGUCGCAUUUCCAAGGUUUGCUCAUGCAGGGAUGUGCGGCUGCCCCGCAACCAAGCCGCGGUCGGGGUGGUGCGGUGCAGCGCGAUGGGGAGCUUGGAAGCUCAGGCAGGGCAGGCACCCGACUGCUUGCUUGCUUUGCUGCCCUCUCGUGCGCUCAAGUACAAGUACCUGGGAGCUAGCCAUACCUGCAGCUUCACAAGUUCCCUUUUGAUCACACCCGCACUUACACUUGCUCGACUUACUUACUCAACAUCGCCGAGCGAACUGACGAAUAAUACGAUUGAGAACAUGGCGACUGAGGAUAUCAAGAAUGAGAGCGCGGCUGAGGUGAUCGUCGACGAGACGCCCAUCUCGCCCGUUCGCUCUCUGGACCGCCGUAAUAGUCUGGAGAAACAUUUGCAGCACAGGCCUGAGCCGCAGGAUCUGAAGAACAGACACAUUCUGCUGGAUACUACGACUGCUCCCGCCCUCCAAGCCAAAGCCCUCGAACUCGAGCGCCAACGCGCAACCGACCAACUCAAAAAAGGCCUCAACGCCCGCCCCGAACGCGCCGACCUCAUCGAGCGCAACAUCCUUCCUGCCUCCAACGCCGCGCCUGCACUACAGGGACACCAGAAGGAGCUUGAUAUGCAUAUGCGCGCGGACAGUCUGGAGAAGGGACUGCAGGGACGGCCGAGCCCGGAGGAGCUGGUUAAGAAGGGGAUUUUGGAUGAGGGGGAGAUUGUCAAGGAGUAGGGGGAGAUGGGUGUGUGGGAGAUGGGAGCCGUACCUUCCAAAGUGAAGUGUGUUCGGCGUUGAUGAGAUUUUGGUCAUAGUGGAGGGAGAGAUGAGAUGACAUGGGGAUUGUACGGGUGUUGCUUCGGCAUGAUCACCUGCAUAGCAUAUAUAUAUAUAUCACGAAUUAUGGAUCAUUUUGGCUCAAUCAAAUCGUCUCCAUCGUUCA